AUGGCAAGCUCUGGGCCCCAAGAUUCCGGAGAAGAGGAAGCAGUGGAUGUGCAUUUGGAAUGGCAAGACACAGCCGGCAGCCAGAGUUGCCAGUUAUGUGUAGCCUCUACGACAACACUCGCGGAUUUCAAAGCGCAUUGCGCGCGAAUGCUGCAAGUUGAGCUGGUCCACUGUCCGGAUUUUAACGAUGAGAUGGACACCCAGCAGCUUUGCGAACUUGGCAUAGGUCUCUCGGAAGUGCCGGUGCUGUUGGAUCUUGGCGCUCCCCGGCUGGAGGCAAAAAGUAAGCCGAGCGAGUCGCCCCCUGCGACUGCCGCUCCCAGGAAGCGCCGUGCGCCUUUGGCAGUUCGCCAGGCAGUGGCAGAUGCUUCCGACAUACGCGAGGGCUGGCUUUUCCUGGGAGGCCAGAUGGCCGCGAGCAGCCUGGACGGUUUGCAGCAGAUAGGCAUCACGCACAUUCUGAACUGUUGUGAGCGCGUUCCCUGCAAAUUUCGACCCAGGAUCACCUACAAGACAGUGGCUGUCAUGGACACAAAAAGCUCUGACAUCCGAGAGUUCAUACCGGAAGCUUUGACUUUCAUCGACGAUGUCGUCGCUGCUGGUGGCAAGAUCUUGGUCCAUUGCAUGGUCGGGGCAUCGCGAAGCGUGGCUUUGGUUCUGGCAUGGCUGGUCUCACGAUGCCAGAUGCCCUUGAAGCAGGCUUUUCAGGAGGUGAGAUCAAAGAGACACCAAGCAAGACCAAACCGCAGUUUCUGUGAGCAGCUGAUGGAGUUCGAGAAAGACACACUUGGCAGUUUGCUUCUGCCCAGAUCCAAAGCACUUUGGUUGCAGCUUAUGACAUCAGGUGCCUCCUUCACUCCAAUUUUCGAGUCAUCCAGCAACGGAAAGAACUUUGCCUCGGUCAAUGCUGGAAAUCCGAAGAAGUUGAAGGUAGGAGGUGGAACAAUCAACGGGCAGUUCGCACAGGAGCUGCACCGGGUGGCUGGUCAUGAUCCUGACAGUUACAGUCCAGCACACGAGGCUCUGCUUCGCGUGGCUGUUCAGGCAGGCACGGCAAGGCAUGGCCUGGUUCAAGCCCCUGCUUCGCUGCGGUUGCCACCAUGUUUGGAGGCUGCCUUCAUCUACCUAGGAAGGACACUUCCCGAGGCUGAGCAGAUCGCGGGCGACUCCGGCCGGGGUGGUCUCGUGAUUCUGGACAUCUUCGAGACAAAGUCACGGCCGUACCAUGACCAGAAUGUGGCCAUGGUGUACACAGUAGGUCCUCAACGAGGAUUCGAGCCUGAUGAUGCGACGUUUCUGUCGAAAGUGCGCUUAGUCGGCCGCAAUGUUGCAGCCGCUUGCCACGACUACAACAUGCAGCGGUCGUCGCAGGCGCCGGCAAUCGACCAGGUUCGCCUUUGUUUGGUCAGCGGAGGCAAAUUCGCCGAGCGAGUGCCCAAGGAGCACGUGGCUCGACAGCUCGUGCUCGGCGUGAUGGAUGUGCAGCUGGCAGAGUGGAUCAGACCUGAAGCCAUGCCUGAGAUUGAGUUCGCCUACGACGGUGAUGUGUUCCGUAAAGAAUGGGACGCCGUGGUCGAGAGAACCUGA